CCGGCGCCAGCCGAGGUUGAGCACCAGCUCAGGCACCUGGCGGAAGGUCUCUCCUGGGACAGCCGCCUGGCUGCCAGAUCUGGGCACAUUGCAAAGCUGCCUGGCUCCUCCCACCAGGAGGGACGGUGGGGCUGUGCCUGGGCAGGGACUGGGCGUUGUUCUCAAGUUCCUGUAACUCUGAGCCCGAGGUCAAAUACAACUGCCUGGCUUACCUGCACCUCCCAUUCCUGGCCUCGGCCUCCAGGAACCUGGCCUGGCCUUCGUCCUCAGAGGAGCCAUGGAGCCCACAGGAAAAUUGAAGUGCUGCUCGCUUCGACCUCUGACCUUUUUUCUGAUCACCGUCCUCCUGGUCUUCUUUGGCAUGGGGUUCCUGAGCCCAAGAAUCCCGAAGCUGGAGACCAGAUCAGAAGGUGAAGGCGAGGCCCCUAGAAAACCGGCCGGGAUGCAAGUUGUGAAAUUACCAAGGAUGCUUUAUCCGCAGCCCACGGUGCUGACGCCUUCGAGGAAAGACGUCCUCGUCCUGACCCCCUGGCUGGCGCCCAUCGUCUGGGAGGGGACCUUCAACAUUGACAUCCUGAACGAGCAGUUCCGGCUCCAGAACGUCACGGUCGGGCUCACCGUGUUUGCCAUCAAGAAGUACGUGGUCUUCCUGAAGCUCUUCCUGGAGACAGCCGAGCAGCACUUCAUGGUGGGGCACAGGGUCCACUACUACGUCUUCACCGACCGGCCGGCUGACGUGCCCAGCGUGGCGCUGGGGGAGGGCCGCCGCCUGGUGGUGCUCGAGGUCCCGGGCGCUGCGCGCUGGCAGGACAUUUCCAUGAGCCGCAUGCAGAUGAUCAGCGACUUCUGUGAGCGGCGCUUCCAAAGGGAGGUGGACUUUCUGAUGUGCGUGGACGUGGACAUGCGCUUCAGCGACCACGUGGGCGUGGAGAUCCUGUCCCCGCUCUUUGGCACCCUGCACCCCGGCUUCUACAGGGCAGCCCGCCAGGCCUUCAGCUACGAGCGCCGGCCGCAGUCCCAGGCCUACAUCCCCCGGGACCAGGGUGACUUCUACUACAUGGGGGCGCUCUUCGGGGGAUCAGUGGCCGAGGUUCAGCGGCUCACCAAGGCCUGUCACCAGGCCAUGAUGGCCGACCGCGCCAAUGGCAUCGAGGCCGUUUGGCACGACGAGAGCCACCUGAACCGGUACCUGCUGGACCACAAGCCCACCAAGGUGCUGUCCCCGGAGUACCUGUGGGACGAGCAGCUGCUGGGCCGGCCGGCCGUCAUAAGGAAGCUGAGGUUCAUGGCUGUGCCCAAGAACCAUCAGCAAAUCCGCAACUGAGGGGUGCACCAGGGGCGCGGGGAGGGCUGGGGGCCGACUGCGCUUCCCUUUUCUGUCCUGUGGAGGCCUGGCACUGCCCCAACCCCCAAAUACAGGCCUUGGGGCAUCUCCGCCCUGUGCACAGGCAUGCAGGAGACAGGCCCCAUCCCCUGGCACGGGGCCUGGAGUGGCCUGGCCAUCGCUCCCACUGGGUGCCCCUCGGGCCCUUCUGCUCAGGUGAGGCAGGUGGUCCCGGUCCCUCUUGACAAACAGGGUCCCAGAUGAAGUCACUCCCAGGGAAAGGUGUCCCCCCCGCCCCCCACCCCCGUGCCUCCCGUGUGCAGAAAACUUGGGAAAGCCAGUGUUUUCAAAAGGGCCAAGGGGCAAAUGGGCACUUCCUAUGAAAGGAAGCCAAGGCCCCAGCAGGUGCGGAGGGAAGUGGGCGGGGACCCUCUGGAGGACAGUGCACAGGCCCUGAGGUCCCGCAGGCGGCACCUCCCGCAGCGCCCGUCUGAGGAGGCCACCCCACAGGCGUUCUUGCACAAUUUUUCAAAGAUGUAUUUUUUAGCGUCGACCUAUGAACCAGGAGGUCAUGGUUCGAUUCCAGGUCAAGGCACAUG